UCAAUUUACCUUGGUAAUCACUGUGUUUUUUAAAUAGAUUUCUUAUUACUAAGCUAUUGCAAUUUUUUUUAAAUUAUCGAUGUUAAAAUUGGUGCGUCCCUAUUCUAUAAAAUGCAAAUCCCGCCGUAUUCACACGCGAGCGCGGCAAAACAAUGACGUUGCCAUGACAACGGACAAUAUGGCCGCCGCUAUCUGUGACAGGCGCGUUCACACAGAAGACAAUGAUGCAAUCAAGAUAGCAAAUAUUGCGUGUGUUGUUUGUGCUUUUUUUUAAAAACCGUUUAAUUUUACGGUCAUUGUUUUUAUUGAUAUUUUUUUUUAUUUCUAUGCAUGCAGCGUUUGGAGUGAGGUUUCUAAAACGUUAUCAUGUUAGAACCCUCCUCCGCCAAUUUAAGGGACCCCAUUUACAAUGAAGGCCUUCGUAUUUCUCGUAUUAUUAGAAGCGGUGAGAGCACAAGAACCUUCCAAUGCGUCAUACCUCGCAGAAGAAUCUAGACAGUAUUUGGACAGACUUAAUAAACUUUUAGGUCCAGUACCAACCAGGAAAGGUCCCGUUCUCUUCCCACCGUCACCGCCAGACCCAACAACGAAGCCUGCGCCUACAUCAAAAUCUGAAGCCUCCAUAAAUAGCUUCGAGCCUUACUUCGCGAGACUGACACAAUACAAACCUGUCACUUUAGCAACUUUGUCACCAGACACUUUAGCACCUAGAAUUGGUGAUGUGGACGAUUAUGUUUAUGACCAAGCACCUUAUACAGAUAUCGAAAGGAAAUCUAUUGGAAACAACUUUGGUGGCUACAAUGAAUUUGAGACAAGAACUGUUUUACCACCAAUAUACAAGGCUUUAGCUCAAAAUAUUCAGACAACCCAACCGUCCUACCCUGUCUACAAUUAUCAGUCUAAAAUACAAGUAAACCAAAACGACUACAGUGAUAUAUCUGAUGAAGGAAAGAAUUCAGAUAACGAAAAGGACAAAAGCUAUGCGUUUUCCUACACAGUGAAAGAUCAAAAAACGGGUGACGAUUUCUCUCAUUCCCAACAAAGAAGUGGUUCUGCUACCAAUGGCGAGUAUCGUGUGAAACUACCUGAUGGUCGAAUACAAAUAGUUUCUUACACAGCUGAUGAAAACGGUUACAAAGCUGACGUCAGAUAUGACAUAGAUGACGUAAACAGCGUUGAAUAUGAUAAUCAAAAUGCUAAUAAUAGGAAAGAUUACAACGAUUAUAACGCACCAAUUACUAAAGAAAUAACCAAAACAACAAAUAAAUUGGACUACAACACUCUAAAAGACUACAAAGCUCCUAAACCAGAUUAUACUGAUAUUUCAAAAGAAUAUUAUAACGAUUAUUCAGCAGAAUUUGAUAAUAAAAAAUAUGAACCACAUCAAAGUAAAUUUGCAGUACUAUUUGAAGAAAAUUCAUUGAAAGAUUUCAAUCCAUAUUUGACGACAGUGAAACCGAAUCUUGACCUUGAAGAUGUUUUAUCGAAAGCUUUGCCUAAUGUCCAGCCUACAUUUAAUUAUUAUCCUAAAGAAAGUACAGAAAACGUUGUAUUAAUAGGUAACAGUUUUAAAAGUAAUCCGUCAAAUUUUAUUACUUCGACUCCUAGAAACUAUUUAGUGUCAACGAUAGCUAAUCUUAGAGAUAGAAUAUCGUCAAAACCUAUUUUAUCCGAUAGUUUUAUUAAUAGAAUAAAUAAAUAUUUAUCUUUCAACUAGCUCUUGCCGUGCGGCUUCACCCGCAUGAAAUUGU